UUAGCAGACAUGAGGACAAGGCACGACUACUAGAAGUCAACAGCAAAACUAGAAGUUAAAUGUUUGUUUAGGAUGGUGUCACUCAAUAAAUGAAUUAACAAGCCAUAGAUUUGGAUAUCCAAGGAGACAUGAGGACAAGGCAUGACUACUAAAAUUCAACAGAGAAACUAGAAGCUAAAUGUUUGUUUAGGAUGGUGUCACUCAAUAAAUGAAUUAACAAGCCAUAGAUUUGGAUAUCCAAGGAGACAUGAGGACAAAGCAUAACUACUAAAACUCAAAGUAACGUUACUACCAGAGAAUAGUGAUACCUUGACUUGGUAAAAAAAAUCAUCUACCAUUGUAGGAAUCAGAAACUUCCUUCUGAUUUCUUCAUAUAUUGAUCUGCAAUUGCUGCAGAUAUAACAAAGUUUGAGAUAAGUACCAUAGCAUUCUUGCAGGAAUAAUCACAUCCCUAAUGCUGAUUUACCUUUUUACAAAGAACAAAGCUUGCGAAGUUCAUCAAUGAAACUGUAAGGAUCAAUGAUGAUGAAUGAUGACAUCAAAUAGACCAGUUCACCAAAGGAAAAAAAAUUAAAUAAAGAAAGAUAGCAAUGUCAUAUAGUUAUUUACAAACAGAGAGUUAACUGGCAUGAUUCAUGCAUGCUUCUAGCUAAAUUGAAUAGCCAUUAAAUAUCCAAAAUUUGAGUAAAAUAAAAGAAAAGAAAAUUGGUAGUUUUGUUAAUUACUUCAUUUUUAGCUUAAUUAGUUUAGGGUAAUUAAAGAUUUAAAUAAUGUGCCUAGUGUUACUGGUGUUUUUUUUUUUUUUAAUCUUUUAAGCUGAAUUAGAUUGGCUUCCUGGUUCUAUAUAACUAUAAGCAUACCAGACGCUAUCACCUUCAUACAGAAGUAACUCUGCAACUGCUAAUGGAUUCCGUCGUAGAGAGUCGGUCGAUUGUUUUGCUCUCCAUCGCUGCCAAAUGCAGCGAUCUAACAGCCAUCCGCGCCCACCUCCUCCCCGUUGCUGCUGCGGUGGCUGCCUGCUGGCUAGCCAUUCUCCUCCUCCACUGGGCCUGUCCCGGUGGCUCCGCCUGGGGGCGCUACUACUGGAGGAGCCACCGCCGGGCCUUCGGCGUGCACCACGCCAUCCCCGGCCCGCGGGGGCUCCCUGUGUUCGGAAGCAUGGGGCUCAUGUCCGGCCUCGCGCACAGGAAGCUCGCUGCUACGGCCGCCGCCAUACCCGGCGCCCGCCGCCUCAUGGCGUUCAGCCUCGGCGAGACUCGGGCCGUCGUCACCUGCGACCCGGACGUCGCCAGGGAUAUCCUCAACAGCCCCGCCUUCGCCGACCGGCCGGCGAGUGAGUCCGCCUACGGCCUCCUCUUCCACCGCUCCAUCGGCUUCGCUCCUUACGGCGACUACUGGCGCGCCCUCCGCCGGAUCUCCGCCACCCAUCUCUUCUCUCCCAAGCAGGUGGCCGCCUUCGCCGGCCACCGCGCCGCGAUCGCGGACCAAAUGGUGCGCGCCCUCGGUUGCCGCACCGCCUCACGGCGCCCCAUCCAGGUCCGAAGCAUCCUCAAGCAGGCGGCGCUCAACCACGUGAUGUGGUUCGUGUUCGGUAAGCAGUACGAUGUGGAGGAGGACUCGAAAGAGACGAGGGAGCUACGGAACUUAGUGGAAGAAGGCUACGAUCUCCUCGGCAAGCUUAACUGGUGCGAUCACCUGCCGGUGAUCGCCGGACUCGACCUGCAGCGAGUCCGCGCCCGCUCCUCCGAGCUCGUCGGUCGGGUCGAGCGGUUCGUCACCCGCAUCAUCGAGGAGCACCGCGUCGCGCGGGCCGAGGAUUCAGUAGACUCGCCCAGGGAUUUUGUCGACGUCCUGCUGUCCUUGCAGGAGCCCGAAAAUUUAUCCGACGCCGACAUGGUCGCCGUUCUGUGGGAGAUGAUAUUCCGGGGUACCGACACCGUGGCGGUGACGAUAGAGUGGGUGCUGGCGCGCCUGGUGAUGCACGGGGAGGUGCAGGCGAGGCUGCAGGCAGAGCUGGAUGCUGCGGCUCAGGCGAAGAUGGUGGUGCCGUACCUGGAGGCGCUCAUCAAGGAGACGCUGCGGGUGCACCCGCCUGGCCCGCUGAUGUCGUGGGCCCGGAUGGCGAUGGAAGACGUCACCGUCGGCGGCUCCAUCGUGCCGGCGGGGACCACCGCGAUGGUGAACAUGUGGGCCAUCGCGCGCGACCCGGCCGUGUGGCCGAACCCUCUCCGGUUCGACCCGGACCGCUUCGUGGACGGUCCGGCGGCUGAAUUCUCAGUGAUGGGGUCGGACCUUCGGUUGGCGCCGUUCGGGGCAGGGAGGCGGGGGUGUCCCGGGAAAGGUCUGGCCAUGGCGACCGUGGAACUCUGGGUGGCAGCGCUAGUUCAAGAGUUCGAGUGGCUGCCGGCCUCGGCGGAAGGCGGCGUAGACCAGUCGGAGGUGCUGCGACUGUCCUGCGAGAUGGCGGCACCUCUGACCGUACAGCUGCGGCACAGACGGCUGCCGGAGACUCAGCCUUGAAGUGGUGAUGGCGGUUUCGUCUGUAUCCACACCGUUGGCCCAACAGUGAACAAUUAAAAAAAGUCAAAAUAAUGUUUUUACUAUGUUUAAGGCUAUGCUACUGUAAUAUAUUAUAUAUCUAAUAAAUUGGUAAAAUUGUAUAAUAUGAAAA